UAUAUGUUUGAGAGUCUCUCCACAGAAGAUCCAUCUAAAAUCCGCCCACGUGCUCACACGCCAUGCAACAGCAAGCAGUCCAUAAAUCUGUCCUCAUGUGGCGGGGGUUAAACGCAAUUUUUCACAUCAUUUGGCGAUAACCAAAAAGGAACGACGUCCCCUUCUGUCUCUCAGGGUCACCCAGCCCCAGUGAUACAUUAAAACGUUCACGACGAGACGAGCAGACACGGGAUUAAAAAACAAACACACCCCCUUUCCAUCUUGUUUAUGGGAACACGUCCCAUUUUCUAAAAAGGGGAAGUAUGUGUCGCUGUGUGGUUAAAGCGACUCUCACUCCAUCAUGCGUCUCGUGUCUUUGACACCUAAUGCUUCGUCUCACUGCGUCUGCUUUUCUUCACAGAGAGCUUUAGAAAAUUGUCUCUCCUUUUUUGUUAUUUUUUUAUGCUGAUGAUUAUGAAUCUUUAAAGGUGUAAAUAGAUUUACAAAACACUUGACAUUAUAAUCACCCUAUAAAAAAAUUUCUUGAAGGUGUGGCUCCGACUCAGUGCUUCAGGUCAGUUAAUCUCUUGUAUAAUCCAAUAGAUCUUUAGCAGAUUGUGCUCCUUAGAGGGCAUGGCAGUGACGGAGUCCCUGCGGAGGAGGCUUUGCUGUUGCUGUCGUUCUGUUAUGAUCCACAGAGACUCUUUACUUGUAGCUUCUCAGUGCCCUGAUGAGUCAAAAGAAAAUAACUUUUGCCAUGAGGUCACUUUAUGGACUGUACCCUUACAAGUCCACCAUGAUUGGCCUGGAGAACCUUGGGGAUCCUUCAAGCAACUGGGAAAUCGUGGAGACCAUCGGUAAAGGAACAUACGGCAAAGUCUACAGAGUGACCAGCAAAAAAGACGGGAGUCAGGCGGCCGUGAAAGUGCUGGACCCAAUCAAUGAUGUGGAUGAAGAGAUCGAGGCAGAAUAUAACAUCCUGAGGUCGCUGUCAAACCAUCCUAAUGUGGUGAAGUUUUAUGGCAUGUUUUACAAGACAGACAAGUUAUCCGGUGGACAGCUCUGGCUGGUACUUGAGCUGUGCAACGGCGGCUCUGUCACAGAACUCAUCAAAAGCCUGCUCAUGCGCGGCCGGCGUUUGCAGGAGCCUCUCAUCUCAUACAUCUUAUACAGUGCCCUGCUGGGUCUCCAGCACUUGCACAACAACAGGAUUAUUCACCGUGACGUCAAAGGGAACAACAUCCUUCUGACCACUAACGGGGGAGUCAAACUGGUUGACUUUGGGGUUUCAGCUCAGCUGACCAGCGCGCGGCUGCGGAGGAACACGUCGGUUGGGACCCCGUUUUGGAUGGCUCCAGAGGUUAUAGCCUGUGAACAGCAGUAUGACUACUCCUACGACGCCCGCUGUGAUGUGUGGUCUCUGGGCAUUACAGCCAUCGAGCUGGCAGAUGGAGAUCCCCCCCUGGCUGACAUGCAUCCAGUUAAAGCCCUUUUCAAGAUCCCGAGAAACCCCCCACCCACAUUGCGAAGUCCAGACCAAUGGUGCAGAAGUUUUAGCCAUUUCAUCAGCCAAUGUCUGAUAAAAGAUUUCGAGGCUCGUCCAUCCGUCACCCACCUGCUGGAGCACCCCUUUAUCAAGCAGGCCCAUGGCAAGGAUGAAGCCCUCCGCCAGCAGCUGGCAGCUCUCAUCCAAGAGCAGCAAGAGUUCAGCUAUAAAAGCAAAACCAAGCACGAGCGGAUCAAUUCUCGUAAAACUCUCAUAGUGGAAAGCUGUCCGGGUGAUGAUCUGGUAAACCUGGAGUUCCUAGACGAGGAGACGAUAAUUAGUCAUCUUCACAAGCGGUACGAUGAGCUGCAGGUGUACACUUAUGUUGGAGACAUCCUCAUCGCCCUCAAUCCCUUCCAGAACCUCAGCAUCUACUCUCCUCAGUUUUCUAAGCUGUACCACGGCGUGAAAAGGGCGGACAACCCUCCACACAUCUUCGCCACUGCGGAUGCGGCUUAUCAAGGGAUGGUGACAUUCUGCAAGGACCAGUGCAUCAUCAUCAGUGGAGAGAGUGGUGCAGGGAAAACUGAAAGCGCCCAUUUGAUUGUUCAGCAUCUUACUUUCUUGGGAAAGGCAAACAAUCGAUCUCUACGUGAGAAAAUCUUACAAGUCAACCCUCUGGUUGAGGCCUUCGGAAACGCCUGCACGGCCAUUAAUGACAACUCCAGCCGCUUUGGCAAAUACCUGGAAAUGAAAUUCUCCCCGACUGGAGCAGUUGUUGGAGCCAAGAUAUCCGAGUACCUGCUGGAGAAAUCCAGGGUCAUCAAACAGGCUGCAGGAGAGAAAAACUUCCACAUAUUUUACUACAUGUACGCCGGGCUUCACCACCAAGACAAGCUGAAGACUUACAGGCUGCCAGACCGGACACCUCCUAGAUACAUCGACAGUCAUCAGUGCAAAGUAAUGCACGACAUAGUUUCAAGAAAACUGUACAAGGAGCAGUUUGAUGCAAUUCAGGAGUGCUUCAGAAAUAUUGGUUUUACUGAAGAGGAAGUGAUCUCUGUUUACAGGAUUCUGUCUGCCAUUUUGAACACCGGAAAUAUUGAAUUUGCUGCCAUCACUUCCCAACAUCAGACUGACAAGAGUGAAGUACCAAACUCAGAGGCUUUGGAGAAUGCUGCAUCUCUCCUUAGCAUCGGUGCAGACGAACUCCAAGAAGCGCUGACCUCCCAGUGCGUGGUCACCAGAGGUGAGACCAUCAUCCGAACCAACAGUGUGGACAAAGCCACAGACGUCCGAGACGCCAUGUCCAAGGCCCUGUACGGCCGCCUCUUCAGCUGGAUAGUGAACCGCAUCAAUUCGCUGCUGCAGCCUGAUGUGAAUAUCUGUGCCGCUGAGAGCUGCAUGAAUGUGGGAAUCCUGGACAUCUUUGGGUUUGAAAACUUCAAGAAGAACUCAUUUGAGCAGUUGUGCAUCAACAUUGCAAAUGAGCAGAUCCAGUUUUAUUUCAACCAGCACAUUUUUGCCCUGGAACAGAUGGAAUACCAGAGCGAGGGAGUGGAUGCCAGCCUGGUGGAGUAUGAGGACAACAGGCCCAUCCUGGACAUGUUUCUGCAGAAGCCCAUGGGUCUGCUGUCUCUGCUGGAUGAAGAGAGCCGCUUCCCUCAGGCCACUGACCAGACGCUAGUGGAUAAGUUUGAAGAUAAUUUGCGCUGUAAAUAUUUUUGGAUACCUAAGCGUGUGGAGCUUUGUUUUGGAAUACAGCAUUAUGCCGGGAAGGUGAUGUACUGUGUGAACGGCUUCCUGGAGAAGAACAGGGACACUCUUCCUGCAGACAUCGUUCUGGUGUUGAGAACCUCAGAGAACAAACUUCUGCAGCAGUUGUUCUCCAGUCCUUUAACCAAAACGGGAAAUCUGGCAACGUCCAGGGCUCGGGUCACUGCUGCGUCCAGAUCUCUACCGCCGCAGCUCGGCUCAGGACGCUCCAAGUCUCCCAAAUACCUUUUAAAGGUGGACACUAUGGAGAUGAUGCGCCACCCCGACGAAACCACCAACAUGAGGAGACAGACCGUGGCGUCCUAUUUUCGUUACUCCCUAAUGGACUUGCUGUCUAAGAUGGUUGUUGGCCAGCCACACUUUGUCCGCUGCAUCAAACCCAACGAUGACAGACAGGCUCUGCGCCUCUGCAGGGAGAGGGUGAUGGUGCAGCUGCGCUACACUGGCAUCCUGGAGAUGGCCAACAUCCGCCGGCAAGGCUACUCCCACCGCAUUCUGUUUGAGGAGUUUGUUCCCAGAUACUACUAUCUUGCCUUUCGGGCUCAUCAGAUGCCUGAAACCAGCAAGGAGAACGUUGUUCUCAUCCUGGAGCGGACCAAACUUGAACACUGGGUCCUGGGAAAAACCAAGGUGUUUCUGAAGUACUACCAUGUGGAGCAGCUGAACCUGCUGCUGAGGGGCGUGAUGGCUCGGGUGGUGGUGAUGCAAGCCUACACUAAAGGCUGGCUCGGAGCCCGACGGUACCAGAAGGAGAAGCGCAGGAGGAACCGAGGGGCCGUCAUUAUUCAGUCCGCUUGGAGGGGCUACGUCGCUCGCCAGAAUGUCAAGCAAAUAAAAAUGGAGCGGGAAGAAGCCGCAGUCCACAAACAGCCAGUGUGCCUUGACGAAGAUCAAAGUGGGCACAUUAACCUUCCCAGCCAGCCCCCCACCACCACCACCGCCCCUCAUCCUUGGAGCCACUCACUGGAGACCUGGAGUGGGUGCCAAAAGGGGCAGGAGAGAGGAGGGCAGGGGGAGGAGAUUUGGCAUUGUUCCCCUUGGCUCUCUUAGGGGCUGCCCUCAUCUGGCACAUGGAGCAUCUCAGUCGCCUGCACACCUUGUGUAAAUGUGCUCCAUUAAACCCUUGUAAAUAAAGCUGCAGAAUGGGUAAACACGGGUUCGGUGUGAGGAAAGCCUCUCUGUCGCCGCCGCCGUCUUUCUCUUUUAGCUAAGUGUGUUUGUGUGUGGCCGCCGGGGUUCACGUGGAAGGAGGGGUGGGGUGGGGUGAACCUGACAUAAGUGGGGCCUCAGCACCCCCGGCAGAGCGCUCCAGCACAUUCGCAUUGUGUGUUCUCCACAGCUUAUAGCCUUUGAGGUGGGCCGCAUUUGCAUUUUGAAAAUAAACAGAUGCCUUUCAAAUGCAUGAGCCUGGUGGCGUCUCAGAUCCCAGCGGGGACUGGAGGACAUGCUCUCCAUCAAUCAGAUUAGACCAUGCAAAGGAGAACCGUUGCUCAACAAUGUACUUGAGCUUUCUCUUUUUUUGUGCAUAUAAUUUUACCAGAGAAACACAAAGCGGAUUGACGGAGUGGCUCAGCGAGCUCCGUUUACCAUCCAUCUGAGCCCAGUAUGUCUCAAUAAGCGCUACCUUCCUGCUGCUGCUGCACCACUGUGCUUUAAUGCAUGCUAAAUGCAUUUUGCUUCCACGAGCCACAUGAACGAUUUUUCAAUACAGGAAUUUAAAGGACAUUCGUUCAGUUGUUUUAAUUGCCUCUAAUUACAAUCAAAACAACAUAAUAGCUGAAGGAAAAUGGUUUUAUGACAAUAAAAUGAAAAUUUACUGCAAUAUCAACAUGUUUUUAAAGCAAAUGUUGGUAAUAUAGGAGAAUUGAUGUUUAAAGUCCCACUCAUUUCAUCUUUUCAUCUAAUAUAAAAGCAUUCCCAGUGGCUUUUUAAUCAUACACUAAAAAAAAAAAUCACAUUUAAAUCAUUGGUUUUCAUCAAAUUAAAAUAUUGAGAUUUUUUACUGAACUCAGAACUAACUUUUGUUAAUUGAGCCAGUAUGUUAAUUUUUACAGUGUCUUUUUUAGCCAAAAUAUUUGUGUUGUUUUCUAGAACAUAGUUUCUGUAGAAUUUUGCCUCUGGGUUGUGGGUAGCGGAGUGAGUCUCCCCUCUUUUCCCAUCAUCCCAUUGUUAGCACUCUGUCCUGCUAGCUUACAGCCUUCCACCCCCAACCUAGCAUGAUUGGGGCAACAAAAAUGGUGAGCAGUAUUUGAGCUAUUCACUUGUACAGGUUUGAGCCGGAUUCCAGCUGGGAGGAGGAAAACAAAGACGUACAUGGAUUUAUUUGUCUGGAUGCAUCAGAAUGGAGCGGAGCAUUGGUGUCCGCCGACUGUAGCACUUAGGUCUCUGCUACGGGCAUUUUUUUCCUCUGAUUCGCAAAGAUUUGAACAAAGAAAUACUCAGAAAUGCCAUUUUAAGUGUAAUUUUCUGUUCUCGAUUAUGAGAAAAAUGCCACAAGAACAUGUUUAAAACACACAAUAAAUGAUUUUCUUUGGAGUGGGGCUAUAAAAUAGUUUUUAGAGACUUUAUUUUAUCUAGUCUUUGUAAUUUGUAGAAAUGUUUUAAAAAAUAAUCAAAACUUAUUAAUCCACGAAUGUCACCAUUUCCUGAUAUUUCUGCCCAUGUGAUGAUCUGAUACUUAUAUCC